CCUGAACCACAAUUUAAAAAGUAUUUGUUUAGACAAUUGAAGAAUACCAAAUUCUUUCAAAUUACUGGAUUAGGUUGGGUGGAAGUUGGAUUGCAAGUUUGUAGACAAGGUUACAACAUGUUGAACUUGCCAUCCAUCGACCAUCCAUCCUUGAAUUACCUUCAUCUUGAUUACAACAUGAACUUGAAGCCCGUCAAGACUUUGACCACCAAAGAACGAAAGAAAUCCAGAUUCAGAAAUGCAUUCCAUUUAUGCCAAGAAAUCCUAAGAUUGACAAAAUCAAUUGUAGAUUGUCAUGUUCAAUAUCGUUCAGGAAAUGUUGAUGCAUUUCAAUUAGCAGAUGGAUUACAAUUUGCAUUCGCACACGUAGGACAACUAACAGGAAUGUAUAGAUACAAGUAUAAGUUAAUGAAACAAAUCCGGCAAUGUAAAGAUUUGAAACAUUUGAUUUAUUAUCGAUUUAAUACUGGUGCGGUUGAAAAAGGUCCUGGGGCUGGCUUUUGGGCUCCUCGUCCAAGAGUUUGGUUAUUCUUUAUGAGAGGUAUUGUACCUCUGUUGGAAAGAUGGUUAAGUAAUCUCGUGGCUAGACAGUUUGAAGGUAGAAAUAGUAAAGGGGUUGCGAAGACUGUGACCAAACAACGGAUCAGUUUCUUUCUAUUUGAUUUUUACUUUUAG